AUGGCGGAUUCCUUGCUUUCCUCCAUCGCCACCUUUCAUACGACGAAGAUCAUCGUCACUGACCCCAUGAAGUUUUCUUACAUCGCCUCAAUUCCAGAAACCAUGCUUGGUUGUAUCUCUGCAACCAGUAACCUACUUCAUCAGUACAGGAAGCGUAAGGCUAAGGAGGGUCCUAUAACAAAACCAUCCAAGGGGCAGACCCCAAAGAAGAGGAAAAGUGAUAAAGCUGCUCCUUCUCAACCUCAACCUAAAAAGCAGAAGAAGCCUGCUAGGAAACUUAUUCUUCAGUCCUCAAGCAGUUCGAAUUCAGAAUAUGUUCCUCCUAGGCAGAAGAACACUCGAUCUUCAGAUUCUGAGAACGAAUGUUCUGAUGAAGAAGAUUCGGGACGAGGUGAUACUCCACCUCGCUCCCCUACUCCAGAAAUUCUGGUUCGUUCUUUCCCUCCUUCACCUCCACCUGUUACAAUUCCUUCUUCUAUCCCUCCUAUCUCUCAAACAACCACUUCUCAACUCUUCACUUCAAAACCUAUUCCCACUUCGAUUUUCACAGAUACUACCUCUACCACAACUACAAAACCUACCUUCACUAUUCCCAACCCACCUGUAACCGAACCUACUUUUACAACCGAAAAUCCACCAACAACCGAACCUCCUACUACAUCUAAACACUUAUCCCCCACACCUUCUACAGAAACAACACCAAUUUUGGGCGGUGAGGACUUCGAGUUUGACUCUACAUACUUCAGUCCUUAUCGAGUCCAGAGUCAGGAUGAUGACGAUGAGCCUAUCACCAAACAUCAUCUCAAAGAGGCUGCUACUGGCAAGAAUGCUGUUACAGUUACUUCUUCUGUAGAAACUCUUCAACACACUCUUCAGUCUGAAUGCUCGAAGGUUGAAGCAGCACGCCUUGCUAUUCAACAGGCGAAUGACGUGUUCCAUGCUAAUGUCAACGAAUGCUUAUCUCAACUACAAGCGGACUUAGCCAUGGAAAAUGGUGUUAUGGAUGAGCUUGCCAGACGAACAAAUCAGCUUAAAUUGCAAACUCAUAAGUUGUAA